ACAUGGAUAUUUGGUGAUAAGUGUUUGGCUUUCUGUAAUCAUGGGUAUAUUGAAGGUUUUACCGUUGAUGUACUUGUUGGCGACAACAUCCGCAUGGUUACCAGAAAAUUAUGAAAAUUGCCUGUGUCCAACGGAAUCCCCCACGAUCAUCAACAGUUUGGAUACAGACCGAUCCGGUGUCGAGAGACUAGUCGUUUUCGUGUACAAGAAACCAGACACAGGUGAAAUUGUAAGCUUCAUUCCUCAAAAGGAACAUCAGAGGAAAAUUCCAGAUUUCCCCAUUCGUACGGUCGAAUUCACAAUAUUGAUCAGAUUCAGUCCAUUAGAGAAAUAUUUGACAUCAGUCCCAGUAAAGAUAUAAGAGGAGCAUAAUACAUAUUACAGUGAACCAGUACCCCAGCUUAACAGUAAUGAAUAUGAGGAAAACACUGUUUUCAUUGAUAAUAAAACACCUGAAUACGUGAACUUUGACCAACAGCUUGACACUGAUAUUAACAUUCCGGAAUGGGUUCAAGAAAGUGUAAAAUCACAAGAUAUAAUUUCCUUUCCACAACCUAUAGUAGGAGAAAAGGAUGAUAAAAAGACCCAAAUUUUGAACAAUAAUAUUGAUAUGAAUGUCCUGCAGUGGCCAAUGGAAAUUGAUGGAAUCAAAGUGAACCCUUUUGGUAUAUAUCCUCCUAAUGAGGCCAGUGUUGUGAAAAAUAUAAUUGAUGGAAAUGGAAUAAAAAUCCCGGAUUGGCAAAUACAAUUAGAUGAAAAUAAAGUAAAACGUGAACCCUUCAUUACAUUUCCAAAUUCUGAAACUGAAAUAAUUCCAAAAUUGCCAAUGGAAUUUGAUGUAAAUAAUGCUAAUUCUGCUCAUAUCAUUCCAAAGCUUAUACCAAGAAUAAAUGACCACAAAACGGCAGAAAUUAUUAUUGACAGUAGUGAGCCUUCGACGCUAGACGUUUCGUCACAAUUAUUACCACUUCUAGCGAAAACCUAUUGAAUAUACCUCCAGUAGAUUCGACCUUUAUAAAUUCCUUCGAAUCUCAAGAAGUGUUUCCAGAAAGUAACCCAAAACUCACACCAAAUGGAAUUGAAACUUUAAUUCAUAUUAAAACUCCUCUAACCGAAAAAGUCCACUUUCAGGAUGGUAAAGGAAUUAAAUUUCCAACAUUUGAGAUAAUGACAGGACCUCAAAAAGACAUCUUUGGAGGAUUUAUUGGUCAACCUUUCAAAUUUGAAAUAGAUAACUCCAAACUUUCCAAUUACGAUUAUCGAUAUAUAGAAGAUCCAGCCUUCGAACUUUGGCUUAGAGAGCAACUCAGAAUCACAACUAUAAAUGGCUAUAGAAUACAUUCAAGCCCAUCAGAUUUCAUAGCAUUGGACAGAGCAAUACGAAAUGUUCUUUUGCAAAACGGUUGGGUCAUAACGGGUCAGGGCACUCUUUUAAAUAGCAACGGUAUAACGUCAAGUCUUGAUAACUUAAAGCUCAGACCAAUUUUAGUGGGGAAACCAUUUUCUUAUGACCGCUUUAGGACACAAGACUAUUCUAAAAACCCUAUUUGGAAGGAUUGUUACUCACAAUGAAAAAGCCUGCAAAAAUUUUAGGAAUCGUGCCCCUGUCGAUUACUCCAGUAGGCAGUAGCAUUCGUAAUUUCAAAAAUAAAAAAGGAACAUUAAAAGUAUUGCCUCUUGAACACCUAAUCGCAUUUAGAAAAGAUUCUAAAAAAUCUGAUAUGAGAAAACCUGAAGACUCAAGCAAAAAUAAAUCUGGAAAACCUAGUAAAGGUAAAUAUAAAGAUGCUGCGUUACUGAAAGAAGCUUUGUCGGAGAUACAGGAGCCGAAACACGCAAAGGGGUCACUAACAACAUUAAAGCAAGACAGAGGACAAGUAAAGUACUACACCGGUUAUGGAAGACGAAUUUUAAACCUGCACUACCACCACGACCAGAAUGGAGGAUUAUUGGUGGUAAAGUCGCAAUUAGCAGUGGUGCUGCACUGAACAUGAAGGGUAGAUCUGGUUUAAUAUAAUGCGAUGAAUAAGCCAAUAUUGGCCUAUUCUUAGUUGUGUUAAUAUUAAGUAGACUUAAGUCAGAUUACAACAUUGACGACCCAGGCUUGUAUACAUGUUAUUCCGAAAAUAAUUUUAUUUUUGAAGCAUUAAAUAAAGGGAUCCUAAAAGCAA